AAGUAUUCUAUUGUAGUGUUAAAGUGUACAGUUAUCAAUUACCACUUAGACCACCCAGCACCGUGUAGUUACUGGUUACUAAAAGUGGUUGAGGAAUAGAGGUGUAACGGGAGGUAAACACACAGGUGAUAUAAGAAAAGAUGGUUCGAGCGUGGUACAUGGAUGAUGGCUCAGAGGACCAGAGGUUGGAGCACCACUUGUCUCCACCCAAGUUUGUCUCGCUGGAUGAUCUUCAUAAAGAGACAGGAGUAUUAUACCGGAAACUUGACCCAAAAAAUUAUGAAGGUGAGGGGAAGCUGGAGGAGAUUAAGAAAGAGAGAGGCUACUCCUACGCUGAUGUCAUUCAAGUGUCUCCAGAAAAACUGCAUAAUUAUGAAGAGAAGAUAAAAAAUUUCUUUGUGGAACACAUUCACACAGAUGAAGAAGUCAGGUUUGUUACUGAAGGUUCAGGUUACUUUGAUGUGCGAGAUAAAGAAGACAAGUGGAUAAGGAUUGAAGUCAUUUCCGGUGACCUGUUAAUUUUGCCUGCUGGAAUCUAUCAUCGAUUCACUCUCGACUCCAAGGAUUACAUCAAGGCAAUACGGCUCUUUGUUGGUGAGCCUGUUUGGACACCCUAUAACCGCCCCGCUGAUGACAUGCAGGCUCGUAAGGAUUAUGUCCUGCAGCGGACAAAGGGAUUCACAUCAAAGUAAAUAGAAUUCAUGAGAAGAAACUUUCUGUUGUUACUGGUUGAAAUGUUUAAAGGAGAACUUUUGUUAAUCUUUGUAACUAAUGCACAAGUAGACAAGUACUGGUGUUUUUAUAUAGUAAUCCCUGGAUAUUGAAUAUAACAAGCAUUGAGUCUAGUCACCAUGGCAUUAAAUCCAAAUCACAUUAUAUUUCAACUUGUUAGGCUCUUGAAUUUACUCUAAGAAUUCUCCCCAAAUCACCCCGUGGCAAGUUUGCUGCGAGUUUUUUGUUUCAGACCUUCCUCUCUCCAAUACCCAGUCACCUCUCACAUAUAAGCCCGUUAUGUGUGACCCUGCUUUGUGUGAAUCUUCCUACAUGCUACCACAAGGUUAAUAAUAUGAAAAUUAAGAUACUGUUCAUUAGUGCUAUGUUACUAAGCUCACCUAAUGAAGACCCACCAAAGCCUUACUAGGGAGUUCCUUGGGUUAUAGUGAGAGCAUCUACUGCUGCUCCACAUGCCAAAAGGGUGAUCAUGUACAAUACACUGAAUUAUCAAUUACUGUAAUUAAAGGAUGGGAGACUUCAGUCCACUGUCAAGCCACACAGUGGAUGUUUUCAUGUACAGUACUAAUGCAUAAUUAUACAAAGGUAAUGAAAUAAGUUCACAUAUGAUGUUGUGAAAGAAAUGUAUGUUGUGCAGGAAAAGCUUCCCCGAGCAAGGUAAUUUCCUUAAUUUUUCAUUCUAACUCAUAGCCCCUCCCUCUAAUUAUCCUGUGGUCCUGGCAGGAUGUACCAUAUCCUGUUAAUUAUCUGCUGACCACAGUACAGUAUCUUAAGGAAGGGCUGUAGUAAACUCCCUGUAUAUCAAAGCAACUUACUGAUCAGUGUAUUUUAUCCAGGGAUUACUAUACUGUUCUAUAAUGUACUCACGGUUUUAUGGUAUAUGGGGUAUUUGUUAUUUUUGUAGAAAUUAUAGAUCUAUUUUAAGAAUUUCUAGAUUAUACUAAUAUGUAUAUGUGGUUUUUCCAAUUUCAUUGUUACUACAGGUAGUUCUGCUAUAAUGCGAUAAUUGUGUUCUUGUAAAAUAUCGUGUUGUACAAAAUCGCGUAAUAGAAAUAACAGGGCUUAUGGAGAAAAUAGGGUGAGGUGCAGAUUACUCGAAA